AUGGAAAAGGAUUCGCUCGGUGGCAGCAAAUAUUUGCUGCUGAUCAUCGACGAAGCCAGUGGAUGCAUGAAGGGCUUUUGUCUACGAGUGAAGUCCGAGAGUGAAGACUACAUCCGGAAAUAUAUCACCAUGGUACAGACGCAAUUCUGUAAGAAGGUCAAGUUCGUGCGACACGACGGAGCUCGCGAGUUUGCAGCCAACUCGAUUCAACUGUUCUACGAAGACGAAGGCAUUGAACAGCAGACAACGGUGCCGUAUGCACAUCAAGCAAACGUAACAGCAGAGCGUGCAAUUAGGACUAUUGUCACGAUCGGCCGUAGCAUGCUUCACCAUGCCAAGUUGGACAAGUGCUUCUGGGCUGAAUUAGCAAUGACGGUCAUCUACGUCAAGAAUCGCCUACCGUCACCAAAAAUGUGCAUAAGACCCCAGAAUCGACUCAAGUGGGAUCCAAAGGCUCGCGCUGGCAUAUUCGUGGGCUACGAAGAAGUGUCCAAGGCAUAUCGUGUAUUUGACAUUGAGGCGGGGCAGGUGGUUAUCAGCCGCGAUGUCAACUUCGACGAGUCCACCUUUGGACUUCAACUGCCGAUCACUGAUGAAGAUGUCGAUGACCUGGACUUCGAAUUGCUGGAUCUUGAUGACGAAGAGCUGCGUCAAAUGGAGUACAAGCAAACAGGCAAGCGCAAGAACCGACUCAAUGAUGAAGAUACAGCAGCUCCACGACCGCGUGCAGUGCGUCAACGACCAGGACUAGAAGAGUCAAGCGCGCCGGAAAACAACUCGUCACGCCAAGAAGAAGACGAAGAAACGAAGGAUUCUGGUGAUUCAACACCGCCUGUGUUUUGGCGUGCGAGUGCAAAUGCCGUUGAAGCAGCAGUGGACUUAUCAGAGCCCUCAAUAUUUGAAGCAGCAGUAAGCGGCCCUGACCAAGUGCACUGGAGAAAAGCAAUUCAUGCAGAGCUCGAGUCAAUGCGACUUCGCGGUGUGUUUCGUGCAGCCAAGCUGCCCAACGGACAACGCGCCAUUGGCACAAAAUGGGUGUUCAAGAUCAAGCGCAAGGCGGAUGGGUCAAUCGAGAAGUACAAGGCACGACUUGUGGCCAAGGGUUUCCGCCAAAAGUAUGGCAUCGACUACACGGAGACGUUUUCGCCUGUGGUCAAGUAUGUGACGCUGCGAAUGGUGAUCGCAAUUUCCAAGCAUUUUGGAUGGCCCAUCGACCAGCUUGAUGUGGUGACAGCUUUCCUGUAUGGAGUGAUGAAGGAACAAGUGUUCUGCGUGAUUCCUGAAGGCGUCGAACUUGACAGUACGUUCGACUGCCUGGAAUUGGUGAAGUCAAUUUACGGCCUCAAGCAAGCGUCGCGAGUGUGGAACGAGACGUUCGACGAGUAUGUGUGCUCCAUCGGAUUUCAAGUAUCGGACUUCGACCCAUGUCUCUACAUCAAGACUUCGGACGGCCAUUGCGUGUUUAUACUGGUCUACGUGGACGACGUCUUGGUGACUGGAAGCUCGCUCGAGCUGAUUGCACAAACCAAGAACGACCUGAAGACGCGGUUCGAGAUGACGGACAGCGGCAAGUGUGCGUUUGUUCUUGGGAUCGAGCUUUUGGACGGUGAAGAUGGCAGUGUGACACUAUGUCAGCGUCGGUAUGUCGAUGAUAUCCUCAAGCGCUUUGGCAUGGAUGAUUGCAAGGCAGUCGCAAGUCCAGUCGACAUGAGCUCUCGACUUGUUUCAAGUGAUGCAACUACCAAGGUCGAUGCUCCUUUUCGCGAAGCUGUUGGUGCGUUGAUGCACCUGACCACUGCAACGCGUCCGGACAUUGCGUUUGCUGUGGGCUAUGUGUCGCGGUUCAUGGAAAAUCCCCAAGAAGAACACUGGGUUGCAGUUAAGCGUAUCUUUCGCUACCUACAAGGCACCAAGACGCAUGGAAUUUGCUACAAGCCAAGUGCAAGGAUCGACUUCCGUGGAUAUUCGGAUGCGGAUUGGGCUGGUGAUCUUACCGACCGCAAGUCAACAUCGGGGUACACGUUCAUGCUACUCGGUGCGCCAGUCAGUUGGGGCAGCAAGAAGCAGCCAAGUGUUUCGUUGUCCACGAGUGAAGCCGAAUACAUCGCACUCAGCUUGGCGAUUCAAGAGGGCAAGUGGAUUCAUCGUCUGCUUUGUGAGAUCGUGAUGGCUGCCAAUGAAGAAGGACCGGAACUCAUGAUCCAUGAAGACAAUCAGUCGUGUAUCAAGAUGACGAAGAACCCAGUCAACCACGGCCGUGCCAAGCACAUUGAUAUCAAGUACCAUCACAUCCGUGAUGAGGUCAAGCGCGGUGAAGUGAAGCUCAAGUACUGUGAAACUGCGGUGAUGUUAGCGGACAUCAUGACGAAGGGACUUCACGGGCCACGCCACAAGGAGAUGACGGCGACUCUCGGGAUUCGUGAUCAUUUGGAUUGA